GCGUGCCUUCCUCUUCCGGUAUCACAAACAGCAUGGCGAAAUUGGAGCAUGCAGAAGACGACCCACAACAUUUGAAAAUAUCCAGUAAAAUAAGCGCCAGUAGCGCUGAAGUCCAGCCAGCCGCAGAAUCCUCGGCACCGGGCAGAGACGGGGGCGCGCUCUCGUGCGCAAUCCCGUCGUUCUCCGCCGCCGCGGAGCUGCUGUCAGCACCGUACUCGUGCCUGGUGAUGAACACGCACCGGAGACACAUCGCACUGCCGCCCAUGUAUAUGAGCAAGAAGAGGACCGGCAUCCAGGAGGAGCUGGAGGGAGAGUUGCUUAAGUUCUCUCAGAGUCUGGAGGGAGUCCCCCUGGCUUAUGAGAACAUCAGCAUAUUGGGACAUCAUGGAAGCAUCUACGAUGACAGCGGCUAUAUCCACAUGAACAUAGAGGCCAACUUUAUUCUCUUUCAGCCCGAAAGAGGACAAACACUGCUGGGUAAAGUCAACAAGCUAGGAGUAAGCCAUGUGGGCUGCCUUGUGCAUGGCUGCUUUAACGCCAGCAUCCCCAGACCUAACCUGGUUUCCGUGGAGACGUGGCGGGACGCAGGACCGAGAAUCGGAGCAGAGCUGGAGUUUGAAGUGACCGCACUCGACGCUGACAUGAUGGGGGUGCUGCUGAUCAGAGGACGACUGAACAGGACCAGGGUUCAAGAGCUGCUGGCUAUGGCUGAGAGUUCAGAGUCCGGCGUCCCUGCAGACCAGCCAGAACCUGAACCUGAACCAGAACCCAUGGAGGAGUCUCCUGAAGACACCCCGAAAAAGAAGAAGAAGAAAAAGGUCAAAGUCAAAGAAGAGGAGAUGACCACACCCUCCUGCCAAGACACAACAGCAGAGCUGAACGGAACAAUGAUUGAAGAAAAUGGCAAUAAAGCUGGUGAGAAAAAGAAGAAGAAAAAGAAAAAACAUUUGAAAGAAGAGGAGGUGGAGGUUGAGCUCUCUCGCAUGGAGGUCAACGGCAGUGACUCGAGCGGUUACCUUAGUGACAAGCAGAGCAAGAAGAGGAAACUUGAAACUGACACAGGUGUCCCAUCCAGCUUAAGUGAAGAAGCACCCAAAUCCAAGAAGAAGAGAAAAAGCAACAUUGCCUGAAAAUGUUUCCACUGUUUGGAAAUCAGGUCGAUUGUGUGUAAUAAUUCAGACAACAUUAAUGACAACAACGGUUCUGGGAGAAUAUACAGAUGUGCCUUAAGGAAUGACCAACCAUUUUAGCAUGCAAGAUCUCUGGUGGGUUCCUUUUAAACUCCAUAAAAAAAUAAUUGCAGACCAACUUGCUUAAAGGAGCCAUUCUACAAUCACAUGUUGAACAUUUUUAAAAGCUUAGAGGACGGGUCUGUCUCUAUCAGACUGCAACUCACUCACACAGCCUGAGGAGGGAGCAACACUGCUUCAUACAGCAACACUGGCACCAACAGGAGUGAUACCUCAUCAACUCCCACUGUCUUAACAGGGAUCUGAGAGUAAAAAGGCCUUGUAUAUUGGAUUUACAGAGCCAAAUAGGGAACAAACAUAUGAAUAUCAUUGGUUACUUUGGUACAAUUUCUCCUGCUUGGAUACUGAAGCAGGGCUGAGCAACUCCUCAGACUGUUGAGCUCAUUUUAAGGAACUCAACUUUUCUUUUGUCUAAUGUGCCUCUUUUGAAAAGUUUGUCUUGAAUUACAGCUGUGGUCUAAGGACAAAGCUUUUUACUCUCAAAUAUUCACGCUUUUUAAAGAACAAAACUGUUCAGUCAAAAAUGUGUCAUUGUUGUAACUGAAACCAAAAUAAAUAUGUUAAAUAUUCAUAACUAAUCCUGAUUAAAGAGUUCUAUAUUUUGAAAAGUUAA